AUGGAGGCAUUUCCCGAAUUGUACGCGCAGGCCGCAGAUCAUCUAUUGACAGUAGCAGUAGAAGGACAGUUCACUGGUGCAGGCUGGGUCUGGAAUCACGAGGAGCUGUUUUUGAACAGCCAAGCCGGAACAUCAUUUCUGUGGCAGCAGCUACUGGUUUUCUUACAGCAGUUUCAACCUAUGCGGGACGCCAUGGACACUUUCAAGUGGACUCUUAUGACGGAUGGGUGUUUCUCUGUUAAAACUUUUUAUGACAGGUUCAAGGUGAAGCUCUCUUGCCCUACUCUAAACUUUAAUACUGUCUUGGCUAUAAACCAUCUUUGGAAGGUAAAUGUUCCGUCUAAAAUUCUUUGUUUCGGUAGGAGGGUUAUCCUUAAUAGAAUAUCUACUAAGGAUCAAUUGCAUAAAAAGGGAAUAACUGCGGUUAGUAGUGAUUUACUUUGUGUGUUUUGUUCGUUGGAGGAGGAAUCGUUAUCGCACAUUCUAAGGAGAUGUGUGAUCAUGUCGAGAAUUUGGAGGAAAGUCUAUGAAUGGAUGAGAUCCUUGGAGGAGAUUUCUUUGGAGGAGUUUGAGGGGUUUUUCGCGCAUUGUGAAAAGGUUAAGAGUUUAGCUAGAAGGUAUAUUGUAGCAGUCAUUUGGCUAGCUUCGGUUUGGAGCAUUUGGCUAAAGCGUAAUGUCGUCAUUUUCAACGGUUAG